UUAACUGUUGGAUGUUGAGUGAAAAAGUCGCGAUAAGAAAUAUCGUAUAUUAAUGAUGACAGAUAAACAACUUUAUCUCAAAUCAAUUCCUUUUGACUCAAAAAGUGUUAGAUCAGAGUCAGAAGAUGUUAAAGAUUUGAUCGUGCAGACUUUUAGACGCGCAUCGGAAGAUCUGGCGACAAUUCAUCGACCUUCAUCGGCGUUUAUUGCACAAAAGAAUUUUAUCAUGGAAUUAUUUACAAGUCACAAUGGAAGCAGUCGAUCACUUGACUCACCUUCUUCCAUUUUAAAAGACAAACAUUUGGAAAAUAUAUUUAAAGAAAAAAGCAGGAAAGUUGGAAAAGAUUCACUCUUCUUAAUGCUAUCGGUGUUAUACGCUAAACUUAUCUUCGUCUUAGGAAUUGCUUUUCCUGUUACUGACAUUUUAUCAACCCGUGCCGACGUUUCAAAGAGUUUUUAUCAAGGAUUUUAUCUUUAUCUUUAUGUUGGCAGUCUAACAUUUCUGAUUUUUGUUUUUGCUACUCAUCUAAAAAAUCGUAAUUUAUUUUCAAUCAUCGACACAUACGAAGAAAAAUCAAACAAUUUCGGUACAACAAACGAAAAAAAGCGUGUGAUCAGAUAUGGAAGUUUCUAUCUUCGUGUGGGCGCAAUCGCUUUUGGAAUUGGUUCGAUGGUUUAUUUAGGACUGGAAUUUGGACAAUACUUUGAAAUGAAAGCAGAAGACCAUUGUCAAAAUGCUUUGUUGGCACUCAAUCCUGCAGUACAAAUGAUUCUCACAAUUUUUCAAAUGCAAUUCAUUUUUCUUAAUACAAAAGAACUUCACAUGACACGAUACAAAAAUCUAUCAAGAUUUGGAUUGAUGCACAUGAUAGCAACGAAUCUAUGUGAAUGGAUUUAUGUACUUGUUGAAGAAACGAAACAUGAGAUUGAUCAUCUUAAUUUCGUUCAUAAUAUUCAUAAGCGAGCGACAUCACUUACGGUUGUCAUUGAAUGUCGAAGAGAGAGUAUUAUGGGACGUUUAGUGCAAAAUGUUUCUCCAUUUCUUUUUCCUUGCACCAUCGAAUAUUCACUCAUUUGCGCCGUGAUUCUUUAUGAGAUGUGGAAGAAAAUUCAAAUAAAUCAUAACCACUUCUUGAAACGUCAAGAUUCAUUGAUGGGUCAUCACACUCACAGAAAUGUCCAUUACUUGUCGGUUGAUUGCUCGCGAGCUCAUCGUGGAUUAUUUGCCGGCAUAGUCUGCAUUGUCAUGAUAAUAAUUUCACUUAUCAUGUUCUUUGUGUUGGAUAAUGAGAAUAAACUUAAAUCAACUGCUAUCAUUGAAAUAACAUACAGUGAGAUAGCUUUGUAUGUUAUCACAGCCAUUGCUGUUAUAAUUGCGAUGAUGAAGAUGCAGAAUUUGCAGUUUCUAAAACCAUCACAAUCUGGCAUUGGACUUGAUUGCACACUUCUUCUUUUGGCUCAAAGUGGAGUUUACAUUUAUUCCAUGUUUAGUAUUCUCGGAUGUUUUCUUACAAGACAUCAAUACAACUAUAGUUUUCUUGGGCUGAUUUCGGAAGUUUUUUCUAUCAUUCAAACAUCACUUCAAACAAUUUUUAUUUUGGAUGCAUGGUGGCGUCGUAUAAAAGGACAAGAGCAGAAUAGAAAGAAACCAGGCCGUGAAAUUAUAACUUUCCUUCUCAUUGCAAACAUGGCAAUUUGGUUUAUUAACUGUUUGAUUAAGAAUCGAGCAAGUUUUCGUGUUUCUCAUUUGGAGUUCUUUGGCGUUGGGGCCUGGACGAUUAUCACCCACACCUCAAUGCCUUUGGCAAUUUUCUACAGAUUCCACUCGACAAUUUGUCUCUUUGAAAUAUGGAAAAUGUCUUACAAGCUAAAGAAUGAGGAAGACGAGCAUUAAUUUUCUAAAAAGCUUCAAUUAAUCAUUUUGUUUUUCUCACCAAUAACAACAAGAAAUCGAGUUCAAGAGCUUUGGAAACAUGGCAACAACGCUUGAUUUUGAUACAAAACAAUAAACACUUACCACGCUUCAGACGUUGUGUAUUUCAUAAACCAUAAUAAAAUGUACGACUGCUGCCAAGAAGAAUCAAUUCCUAUUUAAAGAAACACCAUAAAUGGCCACGGCUUUUGCAAAAAGAAAUCUUUUAAGGAGUCGACUUUACGUGUUGCACUUGAAUUCAAAUUGAGCGUGAACAAACUUUUCCUUUUUUAAUUUUAUGAAUCAUAAAGAAAUUUAUAAAACUGUAGAAUUCUGUAAAUAUCUGGACGAGUAUUUCAAACAUUUCAAUAAAAUAAUCUCGCGAAGUUUUUCAAUUUAAGUCAAUUGCUGAAGUAUGAAAGGGAAAAGUUGUAGGAAAUAAAAGUUCUUUGACUCAACAGUGAAAAAAAUUUCCUUAAGUCAUCCAGAACACUGAAUUAUGAAAUCAAUUUAUCAUUUUCAAACUUUUGUGAGCUAAAAUUCGUUCUUAGUGAAUUUUAUUGACAAGCAAGAAAUCAAAAUCGAUUUUAAUGAAUGGAAGAUAAUAAACAAGAAAAUAUUUUUUUAAGAAUAACUUGCGUGGGCGAUGUUAAUAUUUUUAUCCAACAAUACAUAAAUAAAAUAACAGGACACAAAUGGAAGUU